AGUUUGAACCCGGUACAACUUUACCCAGAAUUUGAUCCAGUGGAAUGUCCAGUUGACUGCCCAAGACCUUGUGAGAUUGUUUGUCCUGCUAAUGCUAUCUCAUUAGAGGAAAGGAUACCAACAGCAGAGCCUUUCUGUGGCACCACUGUUUCGAGUAAAUUAGAGGGUGGAGUUAUAACUGAGCGCUGCUAUGGCUGUGGUCGUUGUUUUCCAGUUUGCCCAUAUGAUAAAAUAAGUGCCAUUACAUAUAUAAGGGAUGCUACUGCUGCAGCUAGCCUACUUAAACAAACUGAUGUUGAUGCAGUAGAGAUACAUACUAGUGGAAGGCAGACUGAUAGCUUCAAGGAACUUUGGGAUGGUCUGAAAGAUUCAAUUCAGUAUCUAGAGCUAGUAGCAGUUAGCUUACCUAAUAUUGGGGAUGCAACCAUACCAUCAAUGAACACAAUGUAUUCCAUUAUGGAGUCUAAUCUACAUGCCUUCAACUUAUGGCAGUUGGAUGGCCGCCCAAUGAGCGGAGAUAUUGGCCGAGGUGCCUCCAGGGAGUCGAUAGCAUUUGCUGUUCAAUUGGCUGCUACAACAGACAGGCCUCCUGGCUUCCUACAAUUGGCAGGAGGAACUAACGGCCACACUGUUGAGGGACUGAAAAAAGAGGGGCUUUUUCAAACACCAAUUCCCAAGAACUCAGUCGAAGAAAAGUUGAGGCAUGCUUCAAUUGGUGGAAUAGCUUAUGGCGGCUAUGCACGAAAGGUUGUUGGAAGGAUAUUAAAUUUGAUGAGGCAGCAACAUGGCGGUGUCAGCAUUGAGAAGCAUCCGGACAACCUUUUGGAGGCUGUUAGAGAAGCCCUUGCGCUGGUUGGGACAGUCAAAUGCUACGAUAUUCUCUCUCUUACCAUGCCUCUUUAACUUUAUUAUCUUCUUUCACAAUCCACGCUAGAAGUUGAUUCCAAUUUCGAUGUGCUAUACAACAACCAUCUUGGGUAGGAUGAUCAGUAUUUCCCUUCUCCUUAUUACUAUUAGAGAGUUGGGUCGGGUUAGGGCGAGGUUAGAGUUCAAGUAUUAUCCAAGAUAAUUUUUUUGCCUUUACAUCAAAACCUUCAACAUCUGAUGACGUCCGCUCUACAGUCCAGCUACCCGAACUUCCUUUCCCUUUCGGUAUUGGAAUUUGAUCGAACAAAAAAACCAAUUUUUCAUCACUCUCAUUCCCCAUAUAUUGAGGUAUCCUGCAAAGCAAGGAGCUUUCAGCCCCUCAACACAAACUUAUACAGGAUAAUCAUUAGGCUUACAUUCUCGAUUGAGAUGGGAAGGUGAAAGAAUUAUUGCAGCAGUAUCUUAGAAGCAAAUAUUGUUGAGAUUCACCCAACCUUCUUUUGCUUGAGUUUGUUAUAAUAGUCUUACCAAACUCCCAUUCUUCCACCAAGUUUGAUUACACCAUGUCUUGGUUGGAUAUAACCAGUCCAACUGAAGUAAAGCCUUGGUGUGGUGCAUAGAACAAUCCAUAGCUUAUUAAUAUUGCUUAUAGAUGUUUUGCAUGCGUCCUAUCUCCUGUAUCUAAUUAUCAUAUAUGUUAGCUUUGCAGACCACUUUUAUGCAUAACUUUAAAUAAUACUUACAUGUAAAUAUAGUUUUCAGAUUCAAUGUAUAUGUGGAGUACGGCAGAGUAAAAAGUGAAAAA